AUGAAUCUGGCGCUAAUAGACCCUUUCCAAUUAGCCCAAGACUAUCCAGACGUACUGAUUGAUGAUCUCAAAUCCGGCCAUGCUACCACUAUCCGCUUCAAUCGCAAAGGCGAUUAUCUGGCGUCAGGCAGAUCAGAUGGAAAAGUCGUUAUCUGGGAUAUGGAGACAAAUGGCGUGGCGAUGAAGUUGAAUGGGCACUGGAAGCAGAUCCAGAGCGUCAGCUGGUCAAAGUGCGGUCGCUACAUUCUCACUGCAUCCCAAGAUUGUCGCGCCAUCCUCUGGGACCUUUCUACCCAAACACGCAUCAGAACAGCCAAAUUCGAAGCACCCAUCUACACAGCAGAGCUACACCCCCAGAACCACCUACUCUUCUGCGUCUCUCUGUUCGAAGAUCACCCCUUCCUCGUCGACGUCAAGAACACCAUACCCAUUAAGCACCGUCUUCCUACCGAGCCUCUCGCCGACAAGUCAUCCCUCAAACAGUCUACUACCUCAGCAAUCUUCUCCGUCCAAGGCGAUCACAUCAUCUCCGGCACCUCGAAAGGCUACAUCAACAUUAUUGAGACCUCAACCCUAAAGAUAAUCCACUCAUCCAAACUCUCCACUGGCCUCUUCUCCCUCCUACGUCUUACCUCUAAUGGCCGUCAACUACUCGCCAACGCCACCGAUCGCAUCAUUCGCGUCAUUGACAUGCCCGAUCUCUCCAAAAUCAGACCCAGCACCGAUGAACCCAGCGCUAACCCAGAGGACGACGAGAACGACACCGGAUAUCUCGACCCCUCAACCAUCUACCUUUCCGCCACCAACCAAUUCACCGACGUCGUCAACCGUUUACGCUGGAACCACACCUCCAUCUCCCCCGUUGCAUCUGGCUCAGACACCGCUGAAUACGUCGUAGCCUCAACCUACAUGAAACGCAACAUCUACCUCUACGAACUCCGCUCCAACUCCCUCUUCCGCAUCCUCGAGACCCGCGAGGAAAACGCCAUUAUCGAAUGGCACCCCUCCCGCCCGCUCAUCGCCUGCACCUCGAUCGAGACCGGCACGAUCCAGAUCUGGGGCAUCGAGCCGCAGCAAAAAUGGUCGGCGCUAGCCCCGGACUUUACGGAAGUGACGGAGAACGUCGAGUACGUCGAGCGCGAGGACGAGUUCGACGUCUACCCGGAGGAGGAGCACAAGAAGCGGCGCGAGGACCGCGAGGAUGAGGACGUCGACGUGCUCACGCUGGACGUCAAGGGUCGCAAGGUGGAGGAGGCCCAGAGUUUCGUGCUGCCCAUGUUGUAUAACAUCGAGGACAGCGAUGGCGAGGAGUAA